UGUAGUUAGAGUUAGCUACGGUCUAUGUGUCUGCUCCGACUCGGCUAAAAAAAAACUCCUGCUUCGUUCCUUUCUUUUUCAACUACCGCUGUCUUUCCAUUAGUAGACCCUCAAUGGAAGUCAAGGUGACGUUAAACCUUACUGUAAGCGUGAGAGAAUGCAGCGUAGAGUGUGUGUCAUAACUUAGCCCAGCUCUAACAGAAGCUGUGCUGUGUUUAGUGUCCGGAAGUUCCGAAGGAAAAAAGAGAAAGGCAUGAAAAAGAGCUGACCAGCUUUCUCCGAACACACUGAAACUCUACUCUCUGUCGUGUUUGCCAGUGGACAGAUAAGAGGUUCUACUUUAUUUUUGUGUUUAUUAGCCGUGUGUGUUCAUUUAAAGAUGGGUCUACCGACGCUGGAGUUCAGUGAUUCUUUCCUGGACAGUCCGGAGUUCCGAGAACGGCUGCAGUGCCAUGAGAUAGAGCUGGACAGGACCAACAGAUUCAUAAAAGACCUGAUUAAAGAUGGAAACAUGCUCAUAUCUGCACUCAGAAGUCUCUCACUUGCAGUUCAGCGGUUCUCUCAGUCUUUGCAGGAGUUUCAGUUUGAGUGUAUUGGAGAUGCUGAGACUGAUGAUGAGAUCAAUAUAGCCCAAUCCUUAAAGGAGUUCUCUCAGCUAUUGAGCACCAUGGAAGAGGAGAGAAAACGACUGAUUCAAAAUGCUGAUGACGUGUUGAUUUCACCGCUUGAGAGGUUUCGUAAGGAGCAGAUUGGAGCUGUUAAGGAGGGAAAGAAACAGUUUGACAAGGAGACAGAGAGGUACUACUCAGUUCUGGAGAAACACUUGAGCCUGUCAUCUAAAAAGAAGGAAUCUCAGCUACAUGAGGCUGAUUCGCAGAUGAGUAAGGACCGACAGAUUUUUUAUGAUGCAUCGCUGCAGUAUGUCUUUAAGAUCCAAGAAGUGCAGGAGAGAAAGAAGUUUGAGUUUGUGGAGCCGUUAUUAGCCUUCCUUCAAGGUCUGUUUACCUUUUACCAUGAGGGCUACGAGCUGGCCAGUGAGUUUGAGCCGUACAAACAACAGCUUCAGUUCAACCUGCAGAAUGCUCGCAACAACUUUGAAAGUACACGUGCAGAGGUUGAAAGGCUGAUGAAGAGGAUCCGCUCUGCAGAGGAGGAUUUCAAAGCCCCCGGGUGCUUUACUAUGGAGGGAUACCUGUACAUACAAGAAAAACGCCCACUGGGCAGUGUGUGGACCAGGUACUACUGUACAUAUGAGAAAAGCUCCAAAAUGUUCACGAUGAGUAACACGGAGGUCAGACCAGCCAACAGACAGAAUGGUGUGGUGAAUGGUACUCCUGAGAUGUUCAGACUACGCUCAUGUGUCAGAAGGAAGACUGAUUCAAUCGACAAACGCUUCUGCUUUGACAUCGAAGUGGUGGAAAGGCAUGGCGUCAUCACCCUGCAAGCACUGUCUGAGGCGAACAGACGUUUAUGGAUGGAGGCUAUGGAUGGAAAAGAACCUAUCUACACUCUGCCUUCUUUACUCAGCAAAAAGGAGGAGACCUUUCUUAAUGAGGCAGGCUACAACUUUGUGAAAAGGUGUAUUGAGUUGGUGGAAAUGAGAGGCAUUACUACACUGGGCCUGUACAGGACUGGAGGAGUUAACUCUAAAGUGCAGAGAUUGAUGACUAGUGUGUUUGCGUCCACAGCUCCUUCUGACCUGCAGCUGGAUGCAGACACUUGGGACAAUAAAACCAUCACCAGCGGUCUGAAGAAUUAUUUCAGGUGUCUGGCAGAGCCUCUGUUGACUUACAGACUGCAUAAAGACUUCAUCAAAGCGGCCAAGUAUGAUGACCAGAAGCACAGAGUGAAUGCGAUUCAUGCACUUGUGCACAAAUUACCAGAGAAAAACAGAACAAUGUUGGACAUCUUAACCAAACACCUCCUCAGGGUUUCCUCUCACAGUGACCAGAACCUGAUGACUGUGUCCAAUCUGGGGAUGAUCUUUGGUCCCACAUUGAUGAGGUCACAAGAAGAGACAGUUGCUGCCAUGAUGAACAUCAAGUUUCAAAACAUUGUGGUGGAAAUUAUCAUUGAAAACCGCAACAAAAUCUUCGGUGAGGCCCCAGACCUGUCAGUGCCAUUGCCUCAGGCUCCGUCUUCUCGGUCGACUCCUCGGAGAAACAAAGCCAUCUGUCUGUCAUCUGGAAAGAGGAAGGCCCGCCUCUACCCUCCUGCUCUGUGCCUGGCAGACAAUGACAGUGACACAUUCAGCAGCAGCCCCAGCACCACGCCGAUGGGCAGCCAGGAGUCUCUGUCCUCCCAUUCCUCUGAAAAAAAUGGACUGUCUCAGACUUCUCCUCCCUCUUCUCCUGCUGUUGAGCCUGUCUCGCCUCCUGCAGAGCCCACGUCUCCUCCUGCAGCGUCCUCCUGCUCUACCUCCCAAAGUUCCCCAAAUGACAAAGAUCAGAAGCUCCCUCUAGACGAUACCACCUCCCCUCAGACCACGCCCUCCUCCACUCUGACCCCAGGACAGCAGACCCCCUCUGUGUCUUCCUCCAUGUCCUCUUUACUUGCUGCAUCAGAGAGGACGUUGUCUGUCAGAGGAGACUCCACUGCCUCCUUGUCCUCUGUAAAGGAGUCCAGAACUCCAUCCAGAGCGUCCACCGCCUCCCACCAGACUUCACUACAGGAGCACACCUCCUCACUAAGAGAAGGUUGUCCUGUGCAGAGAGUGUCCUCCUCAUGUUCCUUAAAGAGCACUCACUCUGUGGAUCAAACUAACUCAUCCUGCCCUUCCUCGACUGUCACGGAAACCAGAGUGACAGACUCUGCCUGUGUUCCUGAACAGCACAGGACAGCUUACAGAACUGCCUCCUCCUCCUCUUCCUCCUCCUCCUCCUUAUUUCCAUACCGUCUGUCUACGUCUUCCUCUCUCACCUCCCUUCACAUUUCUGAAGAUUAUAAAAGCUGCCACGGGUCAGUACAGAGUCUCAUGUCUCUGGACCCACAUGAGGCAACACAUCUGCGCAAAAUUUCACACAACCGCUGUGGCUCGGAUCUGACAAUGAAACACAUCACAGCCUCACCCAGCAACGGCUACCAAAGACCUGGAUCAGUAUUAUCAGUCAGAGCUCCACAGCGGGAGAGUUCUGUGUUUUCAUCAGCGUUAGACAUUUGUUCAUCAGGAAGGGAAGCCAAAGCUCUUUAUUCCUGUGAGGCAGAGCACAGUCAUGAGCUGAGUUUCCCCAGGGGGCGCUGUUCACAAAUGUUUACCCAUCAGUGGAACCAGGCUGGCUUCAGGCAACAUACAAAGGCAGAACAGGUCUAAUACCUGAAAACUACAUCGUCUACAUCUGACCUGAGGUGGUCUUCAUCCUCAUCAAACAACUUCACAGAUCAUAAAGUUCCUACAGUAACACUCUGUGCUGCUGAUCAAAGACAUGAUAUAUUUAUCAUGUAACUGUGACUGUUAUCACUGAACUACUGUAGCUGGUUAUGAACAAUGUGUAUAUUCUAUGUAUAUCUGACUAAAAUAUCUGAACUAUGUUAUUAACCGAUGUAUAACACAAGCUGACUUUUCCUCCAGUUAUAAACAGUCAGCUUUAGCAGCUCCUCUAGUAGUUCAUGAGCACUGUUGAUAGAUGAAAAGUGUCUACAGCUAAAUCUACAAUAAGGUACAUGGAAACAGUAUUUUAAUGUUAAUAUUGGUAAUUUAUAUCUUUGUAAAAUGACUACAUUGACUGGGGAUAAGAGCUCUUACCUCUGUGUGUGUUUAACUAAAUCCUGCCACAAACGUUACUUGUACUGAUUCUGUCAGUUUUCCUGUUGUCUAAAUAAAAGACCAAAUCUUUA